AUGUUUGCCGACUCGACAGGCAUGACAAGUGUGAUCCUCGAUCUUAUUGCAACUGAAACUGAAACUUCUAAGAAUAUGACGAAGUGUGACGGGAUUGGGAUGACCCAAACGAGCGUGCCAGAGAUCGAUACCAGUGGAGAGAGCAACCGGAAGUGUGGUACCGUCGCCGACAAUGAUGCGGCGGUCGGUGAAGACAGGAGUGAAGGAGGCAAGGUUACCAGGAUGAGCAAACAUGCGGAGGAGGCGCUGCGCGCGCUCUGCGCCACGGUGAGCGCCAGCCUGCGGGACACGGGGGCGCUGCUGGUCAAGGACCCCCGCUGCACCGCCGCCGACAACGACCGCUUCCUCGACGUCGUCGAGCGCUACUUCGCCCGAUCCGACGACUCCAAGCGCCUCCAGGAGCGCCCCCACCUCCACUACCAGGUCGGCGUGACACCUGAAGGCGUGGAGGUGCCUCGCAGCCUCGUCGACAAGGAGAUGCAAGACACGAUCAAGAGUAUGCCAGAGGAGUUUCAACCAGCCACCCCUAAGGGGCCAGACCCGAAGUGGCGGUACAUGUGGAGAGUGGGCCCUCGCCCGUCGAAUACCCGCUUUAAGGAGCUGAACGCAGAACCUGUUAUUCCUGAUGGAUUACCGGAGUGGAAAGAGACCAUGGAUUCCUGGGGUUCAAAAAUGAUUUCUGCAAUUGAGGUUGUUGCUGAGAUGGCGGCGAUUGGAUUUGGCUUGUCAAAGGAUGCAUUUACCUCUUUGAUGAAGGAGGGACCGCACCUCCUAGCACCAACCGGAAGUAAUCUGAUGCGUCAUGGUUUUGAGGGCACUGUGUUUGCUGGGUUCCAUUAUGAUCUUAAUUUCUUGACCAUCCAUGGCCGUAGUAGAUUUCCAGGCCUGAACAUUUGGUUAAGUAAUGGUAAAAAGAUGGAGGUGAAGGUCCCUGUUGGCUGUCUUCUCAUUCAGUCAGGGAAACAGUUGGAAUGGCUUACAGGUGGUGAAUGUUUAGCUGGAAUGCAUGAGGUAGUGGUGACCAAGAGAACAUUAGAGGCAAUAGAACUAGCUAAAGAGCAGAACCGAAGUUUGUGGAGGAUCUCAUCAACACUAUUCUCGCACAUUGCUUCCGAUGCGACACUCAAGCCAUUGGGCCACUUUGCUGAAGCACCCAAUGCUCAUAGUUAUCCACCUAUAUGCGCCGGGGAGUAUGUGGAACAAGAGCUCUCAGCAAUUAAUCUGAAAGGGAAGGUUGCACUCUAG